GACCGUGGGGAGUAGAACAGCUACAUCACCUCAACUCCCCUGCUGAGGGGCGCGGCGCCGUCUGGAGAGGGCUGCUGCGCCGCGGGUCGCUCCCUGGCCAGGGAUCGAGCUCGCAGCUGCGGUGACUCCAGAUGGCUUCACAGCGCUGCACUUUAACCCCUUGCAUCGCCAGGAGGGCCCCCUUUUCUGUUUUUGUGUGUUUCGUUGGUUUAAGACAGUGAUGACAGAUGUUCAUGGCAGGACGCGACCCCGGGGGCUGAAGAGGACUUCACCUCAAGGCUGCCGAAGUCGAGUUUACUAAUGGACUUGAUAGUUUCCUUUUGAGCCCAACACAGUAUCUUUUCAUCAGCCGGGGAAAUGUCUGAUGAGGAAAUCAAAAAGAAGACACUAGCUUCAGCUGUAGCCUGUUUAGAAGGGAAGUCACCAGGGGAGAAAGCGGCGAUCAUACAUCAGCACCUUGGGCGUCGGGAAAUGACAGAUAUGAUCAUUGAGACCAUGAAGUCCAACCCAGAUGAGCUAGAAGCCACCAUAGAAGAAAUGAAAUCUUCAGAAGCUUCCCUCACUGCACCUAGAAGUAAGGAUCAAAGUAAAGAAUGCGUAAGCACUGCUCCCGAUUCUCCAUCCAAACAGCUUCCAGACCAGAUCUCCUUCUUCAGUGGAAAUCCAUCAGUUGAAAUAGUUCAUGGUAUUAUGCACCUCUAUAAGACAAAUAAGAUGACCUCCUUAAAAGAAGACGUGAGGCGCAGUGCCAUGCUGUGUAUCCUCACAGUCCCGGCUACCAUGACCAGUCAUGACCUUAUGAAGUUUGUCGCCCCAUUUAAUGAAGUAAUUGAACAAAUGAAAAUCAUCAGAGACUCUACUCCAAAUCAAUAUAUGGUGCUGAUAAAGUUUAGUGCACAGGCUGAUGCAGACAGCUUCUAUAUGGCCUGUAACGGCCGCCAGUUCAACUCCAUAGAAGAUGACGUUUGCCAGCUGGUCUAUGUGGAAAGGGCUGAGGUGCUGAAAUCUGAAGAUGGCGCCAGCCUCCCAGUGAUGGAUCUGACCGAGCUCCCCAAAUGCACGGUGUGUCUGGAGCGCAUGGACGAGUCUGUGAAUGGCAUCCUCACCACGCUGUGCAACCACAGCUUCCACAGCCAGUGUCUGCAGCGCUGGGAUGACACGACGUGUCCUGUGUGCCGGUACUGCCAGACGCCAGAGCCAGUCGAAGAAAACAAGUGUUUCGAGUGUGGUGUUCAGGAGAACCUCUGGAUUUGCUUAAUAUGUGGUCACAUCGGGUGUGGACGAUACGUGAGUCGCCAUGCUUAUAAGCACUUCGAGGAAACCCAGCACACGUACGCCAUGCAGCUCACCAACCACCGCGUGUGGGACUACGCUGGAGAUAAUUAUGUCCAUCGACUGGUUGCAAGUAAAACAGAUGGAAAAAUAGUACAGUAUGAAUGUGAGGGUGAUACUUGCCAGGAAGAGAAAAUAGAUGCCUUACAGUUAGAGUACUCGUACUUACUAACAAGCCAGCUGGAGUCUCAGAGAAUCUACUGGGAAAACAAGAUAGUGCGGAUAGAGAAGGACACAGCAGAGGAGAUUAAUAACAUGAAGACCAAAUUUAAAGAAACAAUUGAGAAAUGUGACAAUCUGGAGCACAGACUAAACGAUCUCCUUAAAGAAAAGCAGUCUGUGGAAAGAAAGUGCACUCAGCUAAACACGAAAGUGGCCAAACUCACCACAGAGCUCAAAGAGGAGCAGGAAAUGAACAAAUGUUUGCGUGCCAACCAAGUCCUGCUGCAGAAUAAGCUGAAGGAGGAAGAGAGGGUGUUGAAGGAGACCUGCGACCAAAAGGACCUGCAGAUCACCGAGAUCCAGGAGCAGCUGCGAGACGUCAUGUUCUACCUGGAGGCACAGCAGAAGAUCAACCACCUGCCGGCUGAGGCCCGGCAGGAAAUCCAGGAGGGACAGAUCAACAUCGCCAUGGCCUCAGCCUCCAGCCCCCCUCCUUCUGGCAGCAGUGGGAAGCUGCCCUCCAGGAAGGGCCGCAGCAAGAGGGGCAAGUGACCUUCAGAGAAAUGGAUAUCCUUGAGACUCUUCCCCGGCACGGUGAGGGUGUGCUAGGGCCUUCAGCUAAAUGUGAGGGUGGACCCCGAAUAAGCACAAGCAAGGAUCAAGCCGCAGGUGUUUGGUGUGUGUUUCAUUUGCCAGUGUGUGCUGUGACCGGGGCGGGGGCGCUGACUAGGGAGCUGAGGGGGUGGACCAUCGUGGAAAGGUGGCUGCUUUUUUUCAGCUGUAAUGUUCACUAACUCAGACAUUCUGACGACCAUUUUGCCUUCCUACUUGACAGACGCCCCAACUCUGCUGUGCAUUUUUCCUCUGUAUUUAUUGAGUUGGCAUAUUUGACCUUCAGUGCUGGGUCCAUUUAAGACAUUGAAAUUUUUUUUGGCAACUUCGAAGGUAACGUGACCUCGUCCAGAAGCACCACGCCUCCCCGAGCUUAUAGCGGCUGCUUUAAAGAGAGGUUCCCGUAGGCUACUGAGGUUUUAUGAAAUGUCCUUAGCACUAGUCUCAUCAUUACCUCCCUUCCACCACCACCCCCAGGGGAACUGAAGAAUUGGUUGAAUGUUUCAUGAAAAGAGGCGCUGGCCUCUCACCAGCAGCCGUUUCUUCUUACUCUGGAAUCAGCCAGGAAAAGCAAACAGCCAGUAGACCCAGUGUAGGAAAAUGGUGGUGUUCCCGUUGCUUAUUUUUGAUGGCUCCAUACUCCAUUAUGAAUCUCCUAUGAGGAGGAGGCUUAGUAGUAGCCCCAAGACUCAAAUCUCAGCGGAUUUCCUCACACGAGCAAGAAUAAGCAGGCACACUUGCAAGCCGUGUGAAAAUGUGGACGGAGGUCUCCGCCUGGCUGAUUGUGUAUUUUGCUGGGAUCAGUAUUUUCUGAAUGUUUACAAAAGACUGGGCGGCAUGUUCAGGUUGCGGCUAGAGGGAGCUUGAGCACAUUUUCAGUUAUGCUUGCAAGAUAGAACCAAAGGCUGUUUCUCAAUCUGAAAAUCAGAAUUUUAACAGAGCCCCUUUACAGCAGUCUGCAGUGCUUGUUGAGGGUCAACAGAGGGUUUGUGUACUUUCUUGGGAAACCGAAGCAUCCAACAAUUUGUCAUACUCAGUGACUGAGCAAGAGGAAUGUAAGCCCUGUGUUGUAAUUUAGUUUCCAAAAGACGUAGUUGGAUGGUUAAGGGACAUGCUGUAAAAUGAGGGGCUUGGGCUUGUUUUUUCCUUCUUAUAACUAGCCAAAGUUUUCAACUUAUUACACUUUCAGAAGUGUUUUAUAGCCUUUGGUUCGGCCUCAUCCCCUUUGACCUGACGUCUUUCUUGUUACCUGUUAGCACACCGGCUGUAUCGCUAACCACCAUCUAUUGUGGGAUGUGCUGCAGCAUUUCCCAAAGAACCUUACCUGUAACUUUGCAAAAUGAAUGUACUCAGACAUUCUCAGUUUUUACGUAGGCAAACCAACUCUCCUAAGUCCCCCUUGGACUUACAUAUAUAUAUAUGCGCGCACACAGAUAUCUUAAAGCAAGAGUGGGAAUGUAAAGCGUAACUUAAUUCUCUUUCCUAUAGAGAUUCUAUUUUAUUUAAAAUCUAUUUUUACACUAGUUAGAAUCUUGCUUUUUUGGCCAAGCACUUGUUUUGCAUGUCUGACCUUGCAGAAGCUGGGGUGGAUCAUCGCAGCAUACUAAUUAAGAGAAUUGGAAGUAGUUUGCAAAGCUUACUUGAUCCUCAUUUCUCAAUGAUCACCUCCAUCAAGCAGCCCUACCACCAGCUGGGAGAACAGAGAUUUUCAGUCUAGGUGGGAGAAAUAUUCUGACAGGCUGUGCUCAUAGGAAUGAGCAACUAGGCAAAUAUUUCCAAACUACUUGAAGGCUUACGAAAUUGUUCCAAGAAAAAAAGAAAACGUAUCGAGAUCUAUAAAGAAAAAAAUUUUUUAAUGGUCAGAGUCCUGGUUGAAUUUGACAAAAUUAUAUAAGAUAGAAACUGUUAGUGUUUUCUUGGUUGGAAAUGAACCACUUAACAUAUCCAUACUACCUUGAACACCUUGAACAUUGAAACUGCAUUAAAAUAACCAAACUUCGAAA